AUGGCUCCAAAAUUUCAGUCUGAGGGGAUGACCCAAAAUGUCACGGCUGAAAUUCGAAACCCGCUUGAAGGUAUUCCGCACGAGCAGUUGAUGUCCAAUGUCGAAGCUUAUGCCAUUGAACACGGGCUGCAGGACAUCUUGCCUACUCUUCGCAAGGGUGCUUUGGCUGGCCAGGAUCCUAUUGCAGCUAGCACUUCAGCCAUGCUGAGUGGUCAGGAUCUUGAUGUUUUACAUGUGGAGGCUACUCGCCGCUGGCAUCAGCCUUGGGCAUUGUACUACACCAUUAUCCUGAACUCGAUCGCUGCAGCCAUUCAGGGCUGGGAUCAGACUGGGUCCAAUGGUGCCAAUCUUACAUUCGAUGUUGUCUUUGGUAUCCCGAACAAUCCCCCUGCAUGCCCGGACCAUGCUACAUGCACCCGCAACCAGUGGAUUGUCGGGUUCAUCAAUGCGACACCCUACAUUACCAUCUGCCUUUUCGCUGGCUGGCUCUCCGAUCCGCUCAACAAUAUCCUUGGCCGCAAGGGUACCAUUUUCUUGGCUGCAAUCUUUAGUCUUCUUGCACCUAUCGGAUCUGCCUUCACUCAGCGCUGGCCCCAGCUAGUGGUCUGUCGUAUUCUUUUGGGGAUUGGAAUGGGUCUGAAAGAAGUUACUGUUCCUGUCUACUCCGCCGAAAACGCACCCACCAACAUCCGUGGAGGCCUUGUCAUGAGUUGGCAAGUGUGGACAGCCUUUGGUAUCUUUCUCGGGACCUGUGCAAAUCUGGCUGUUGCCGACACAGGCAAACUUUCUUGGCGUUUGCAGCUUGGAUCAGCCUUUAUUCCUGCAGUUCCCCUGGUUAUCGGUGUUUGGUUCUGUCCUGAAUCACCUCGCUGGCUGAUCAUCAAAGGAAGACACCGUGCUGCAUAUGAAGCACUUCUUCGUCUCCGAAACAGUCCUUUACAAGCUGCCCGAGAUCUUUACAUGAUCCAUUCUCAGCUUGUCAUGGAGAGAGGUAUGCUUGAGGGAUCCGGUUAUGCAAAGACCGACAACAUGUUGGUUCGCUUCAAGGAAAUAUUUACUGUGCCCCGCUUGCGCCGUGCAACCCAGGCCUCGGGUAUCGUCAUGAUAGCACAGCAGAUGUGUGGUAUCAACAUUAUUGCAUUCUACUCUUCGACCAUCUUCCAGCUUGCCGGUGCAAAUAAUAUCGAGGCUUUGCUUGCGUCCUUUGGAUUCGGCCUGAUCAAUUUCCUUUUUGCCUGGCCUGCCCUGGGUGUUGUUUCUGGAUUCCCCAAAAGCAACAAGGCACAUAUCGGCCUCGUUGCCUUCUUUAUCUACCUCUUUGAUGUGUUUUAUUCCCCUGGAGAAGGCCCUGUUCCAUUUGCCUACUCUGCAGAGGUCUUUCCACAGUCUCAUCGUGAGAUCGGCAUGGCGUGGGCUGUUGCAACCAACAACUUCUGGGCAUCAGUCCUCUCGCUGACUUUCCCUUACAUGCUGCGUUCUUUAACCGCCCAGGGUGCCUUUGGGUUCUAUGCUUGUCUCAACCUUGUUGCUUUCGUUCUGAUUUUCCUUUUCUUGCCUGAGACGAUGCAGCGGUCUCUCGAGGAGCUGGAUUAUGUCUUUGGCGUACCUACCCGGACCCAUGCGAAGUACCAGCUGACUGUGGUACUUCCGUGGUGGAUCAGACGCUACAUUCUCAUGCGCAAGGGUUUUGAGUGCCCCCCACUGUACCGGAACUACGGCCAUCGCACUGAGACUGAUUUGCUCCCCACUGAGUCUCAUACCAUGGCCGAUGUUAUCACCGGACAGAAGGCCGAGGGGAUUCCUGAGCAGGUUGAAGUGGCUUAG